AUGUCAACCUCCAGCUUCAUCAACGCUUUGAGGAGAUUUACCGCUCUAAGAGGUCCUGUAAGACUGCUCCAUUCCGAUAGGGGGACAAACUUUGUUGGAGCUUGCAAAGAACUGCAAAUAAACUCAGAAGAUCCAGAGUUGAAAGCUCACCUGCAAGAAAAAAGUUGCACCUGGACAUUCAAUCCUCCACACUCCUCUCACAUGGGUGGAGUGUGGGAGAGGAUGAUCGGUGUUGCACGCCGCAUUUUGGAUGCCAUGUUGUUGAAGGAGAACUCUCGUCUCUCUCAUGAAGUACUUGUGACACUCAUGGCGGAAGUCAUGGCAAUCAUGAACGCAAGACCCCUAGUUCCAGUGUCUUCUGACCCAGGGAUGCCAGCUGUUCUCACGCCAGCAAUGCUGCUCACUCAGAAGAUUGACACAGUAUCUACUCCUCUAGGGAAUAUGGAUCUCAAAGAUAUCUAUAGCAAGCAAUGGAGGCAAGUCCAAAGCCUUGCUGAAACUUUCUGGAGACGCUGGAAGCAAGAAUACUUGGAGACACUCCAGCACCGCAAGAAGUGGAAAUCAGAAAGACGGAACCUGCAAGUUGGAGAUGUGGUACUCCUUAAAGACACUCAAGUUAAAAGGAAUGAGUGGCCCACAGGUGUUAUUGUGGAAACCAUCCCCAGCCGUGAUGGCAGGAUUCGGAAAGUCAAUGUGAAGAUCACGAGACAGGGUACUCCCAAGGUGUAUUCAAGACCUGUUUCAGACGUUGUACUGCUCCUCAGUAAAGGGACAUAGUGGUAUUAUUUAAUACCAGGCGGGUAGUGUUCUGCCCCCACUUUGUGUUGAAUUAGAGACAUCUAGUGGUGUAAAGUUG